ACCCCUCAGCCAGCCAGCCCGGCACCCCAGCCAUGGAGGACCUGGGUGACUCCACCUCCCCUUUAUCCCUUCUUGAACCACGUAUUGUAGUCUUUGAUGCUCUUUUGUCCGACCUGGAGUCUACAACAUCCCACAUCCCCCGGGCUGGGGCUCUUAGAGACCAGCCCCAAGAAGCCACCACUCCUCCUCCUCCCUAUAGCCAGCAGCAGCAGAAGGCGGCUAGGGAAACCUCUGGGGCCUCAGGAGACAAAGACCAUCUAUACAGCACCGUGUGUAAGCCUCGUUCCCCCAAGCCAGCGGCACCCCCAUUCUCCUCCAGUGGCGUCCUUGGUGCUGGCCUUUGUGAGCUGGACCGCCUGCUGCAGGAGCUCAAUGCCACCCAAUUCAAUAUCACGGAUGAAAUCAUGUCACAGUUCCCAUCCAGCAAGGCAGCUGAUGGGGAACGAAAGGAAGAGCAAUCUGAGGAAAAGAAAAGGCCCACCACUCCCCCUAGCCCAACACCGCAAUUGCCAAAAUCUUCAGCCACCUCAGCUACGCUGGAAUUGGACAAGCUGAUGGCUUCUCUUUCUGAUUUCCGUGUCCAGAACCAUCUUCCUGCUUCUGGGCCUACCCCAAAACCAGAACUGAGCUCAGUGAGUGAUACCACACCACCACCCACCUCAGGGUCCACCGCUGAGGGCAGCCUGGACACCAUGCUGGGGUUGCUGCAGUCAGACCUCAGUCGACAGGGAGUCCCCACCCAGGCCAAGGGCCUUUGUGGUUCCUGCAAUAAACCCAUUGCUGGGCAGGUAGUGACAGCUCUCGGCCGCACCUGGCACCCAGAGCACUUUUUAUGCGGGGGAUGCUCCAUGGCUCUGGGAGGUAGCAGCUUCUUUGAAAAGGACGGUGCCCCUUAUUGCCCUGAAUGCUACUUCGAGCGCUUCUCCCCGCGCUGUGGUCUCUGCAAUCAGCCCAUUCGCCACAAGAUGGUCACCGCCCUGGACACCCAUUGGCAUCCUGAACACUUCUGCUGCGUCAGCUGCGGGGAGCCCUUCGGGGAAGAGGGGUUCCACGAGCGGGAAGGCCGCCCCUAUUGCCGCCGGGACUUUCUGCAGCUGUUCGCCCCACGCUGCCAAGGUUGCCAGGGUCCUAUCCUGGAGAACUACAUCUCGGCGCUGAGCGCACUCUGGCACCCGGACUGCUUCGUGUGCAGGGAGUGCUUCACGCCCUUCUCGGGAGGCAGCUUCUUUGAGCACGAGGGGCGCCCGCUCUGCGAGAGCCACUUCCACGCUCGGCGCGGCUCCCUCUGCGCCACCUGCGGGCUCCCGGUCACCGGCCGCUGCGUCUCCGCGCUGGGGCGCCGCUUCCACCCCGAUCACUUCACCUGCACCUUCUGCCUGCGCCCGCUCACCAAGGGCUCCUUCCAGGAGCGCGCGGACAAGCCCUACUGCCAGCCCUGCUUCCUCAAGCUCUUCGGAUGAGCCCCCCCCCCCCCACGAGAAGGGCCCGCCGCCAAGUUUAGAACCCCGUUCCAAGAAAGGCCUCUCCCCCUUAAAAGAGCCCGUACGAGGAGAGGCCGCACAGCUUGGGGAGGCCCUUCCUCUUCCACAAAACUUGGUUUCUGAUUAGACUCAGUCCCAGGUGAAGCCUCAUCUGGGAACUAGACCCUGUCCAAAGAGAGGUCCUUUUCCUACCCGAGAGCCUGACUCAAGAAUGGAAGGCAUCCCCAACGCACUUGGCCUUUUCAUCAGAGCUCGGUGCCAGCAGACUCCCCUCCCCUUAAACUCCAGCCCCUUAACUAGAACCCAGUCCAAAGAGAGGUCUGGUCCAUUCUUGAACCUGUCAACGGGAUUUUACUGAGCCAGUCUCUAACCUGAGAAUGACGAAACAAAGGCCAGAGACAAAGCGUCAGAGAUGAGGUAGACGUUUAAGUAAUUCUUUUCAUUAUGAGGAACUGAUUUGCAAAUCGGGAGUUAUGAUCAGAAUUCCAUCUAACUGAAGUGAAGAUAGAGACGGUUCAGUAAAAUCUUGUUAACAGGCUCAAGUAUGGACCACGUGUCCAAGUGCCCAGAGCUCUGUCCCAGGAGGUCCACAACUAUCACAUAAUGAGACCAUCUCAAGGGAGAUGUUCUCCCUCUUCCAAAAAAAAAACCAAGGCUUCCUGGGGGAGUGUCCCUUCCCAAAAGCAGCCCAACUGUUCCUGAAGCUCUAUCCCUUUGGGCAAUGUGGAGAGGCAAAGGAGUGUAUAGUGAAUUAGUGCUUUCCCUCAUGGGAAGGGAUGGUGAGAAGAAGUGGAGUCAACCUUAUGCUGGUUGGCUCAAGUCUAUUCAGAGGAAUAGACUUUUAGGGGAUACUCAACUUAGUCUAGGGGCCUCUUGUCUAGGUUUCCCCAUAUGUGGGUAAUAGAAUCCCUCUCUAGGUUUUAAAGCACUUGCAUUUUACAGAGAAAGGAAAGAGCUUAUGGAAAUGGGACCAGGUCCAAGAAAAUUGAGGAUCCAGGUUCUGCCUCAGGGUACUUUCUGAGUACCCUGGCUUUCCCUCACUGCUGUCUUCACCUAUCUCUAUAUAAAUUCACAUUUCACAAA